UCAAAAACGACUAACGUCACACAAGCAGGGCUGGCUGUGCUCCCCUCCACCCUGGCACGCCGAGACGGCGCAUGGCCAGAGAGCCGCUGCAUUGCGAGACCCCAGUUUUUUUCCAUGCAAGAGGCCUGUUUUUCUCCAGCAGUAUUUUUCUUUAUAUCCACAGAUAUUUUCUGCGCUGUCUUUUUAAUUGAAGGGAAUGUACAAGGUUUCGCGCCCCGACGAAGUCAAAUACACGGCCGCGGCCGAGGCCAGCGAGGAUGCUGAGGGGUACAUGAUUGUCGGCGACUACUCUAUAGUCAGGGAGCUGGGCAAGGGCUCGUACGGCACCGUGUACCUAGUUAGGCACCGCAGCACCGAAAAGGAAUAUGCCAUGAAGGAGUACCUCAAGGCUGCGCUGCGCAAGCGUGUGCAGGCGGACAUGGUGAAGAAGGCGCGCGGUGGAGGCCCUAUGGCGCGCGGGCGCGGGCGCGGUGGACUGUUUGCGAUGCGCCAGGCGAUGCUUGACCAGCAAAAGGACGAGCAGCAGGACCCGUUCUCGCUUAUCCGCAUGGAGCUUGCCAUCUGGAAGAAGCUGCAGCACCAAAACUUGGUGCGGCUCCACGAGGUGCUAAACGACCCUGAGCAGGACGUUCUCUAUCUAGUCAUGGACCUGUGCAGGAACGGACCUGUGCAGAAGCUGGACCAAAACGAGUUCACGUCCGAGCCCCUGGACUGCGAGCUGGCGCACAAGUUUUUUGUCGAGGCAAUGCUGGCGCUCGAGUACCUGCACGAGCACGGUAUUGUUCACCGCGACCUCAAGCCUGACAACAUGCUGAUUACCAGCGACAACGUGCUCAAGAUUACCGACUUUGGCGAGUCUAAGCUGUUGAGCAAGCACGGUGAGAAGAUCAAGGGGUACUCGGGCACACCAGCAUUCAUGGCGCCCGAGCUCUGCACCAACACUAGCGAGGUGUCGGGCGAGGCUGCCGAUAUCUGGUCGCUGGGCGUGUGUCUCUACUCGUUCAUCUACGGGAAGCUGCCAUUCACUGGCGAGACGGUUCUGGAGAUCAUGGACGCAGUGUCUGAGGGAAAGCUUGAGAUUCCCGAGGGAGGCGAUUCGCAGCUGGAUGACCUGCUGAUCCGCGAGCACCCGUGGGUCACACAGAACGGCACGUACAGGAUCACCGACAAGGGGGCCAACUGCAAGCACGUUGUUAGCGCAGUCACGCAGGAGGAUCUGGAUCAGGUCAUCCAGCCCAUUUACGACAUCAUGCCGGUCAUCCAUGCCGUCGCCAAGCUCAAGCGCUACCGCCGGCGAAUCCGCGAGAGACAUGAGCUGGAGGAGAAGCUCAAGCAGCACAAUAUCCAAUAG